CUAUUGGUGGAGCUACAGGACAGAUGCUUGAGCAAAAUGCACAGGCAUUUAAUAAAAUUUCUGUCAAUCUAGCAGCUUAUCAGAUAAGGGAGAAUGUCAAUCUCUUUUGCCAAGCGCGGGAUAAUAUCCUAAUGAUCUUGAAGGACUUGAAUGACAUGCCCGGUGUAAUGAAUCAGAUGCCACCACUUCCAGUGAAAGUGAAUGAAGAGCUUGCCAAUUCCAUCCUUCCUCGGACAACCCUUCCAAUGCAUUCAUGAUCCUGACUCAGAAAGAAGCCAGAGGGAGAAGACCCCCGAAGAUUUGAACUCUUCAUUUGGUUCUGGUGUAGGGAUUGUUGGUUGCCCUGCACGCUAGGGCUUCAUGACCCCUUCAAUGGUUGUACCGCUAUACUGACCCAACACUCAGCCCCAGGAAGAAAGAGAAUUGGCCCCCUGUACAUUAAUGUUUAAUUGUAUAGUUAAUAUCCAUAAAUAAAUGUCUAUUCGUUCAAUAUGUUUCUUUGAGGGAAAAAGAUUGAAAAAAGAAAAAGAAAAAACAGUAUUCAUUUACCUAA